GGCUAAGAAAAAAAAACAGCCAGUGUAGGUUGAGGACUGACAACAGUGACGACUGACAAGCAAAGCUGCAACCAUGGCCGAGGACCAAGCCCAACCAUGGAAGAUACCGCCGAUCGUGCAGGAGCUGGCCACCGGCGUGCAGGAGCCACCGAGCCGGUACGUGGUCCGCGAGCAAGAUCGUCCCGCCGCGGCUGCGGCCGCCACCAUGCCCGAGCCCAUUCCCAUCGUUGACCUCAGCCGGCUGACUGCUGCUGACGACGGCGGCGGCGCCGACGAGGUCGCCAAGCUCCGGUCCGCCCUGCAGAACUGGGGCCUCUUCCUGGCUGUUGGUCAUGGGAUGGAGCCAGGAUUCCUCGCUCAGAUGAUGCAAGUGACGAGGGAUUUUUUCAACCUCCCGCUCGAAGAGAAGCAGAAGUACUCCAACCUGGUGAACGGGAGGGAGUUCAGGUUCGAAGGGUACGGCAACGACAUGGUGUUGUCGGAGGACCAGAUCCUGGACUGGUGCGACAGGCUCUACCUCUUCGUGGAGCCCGAGUCCCGUGUGGUCAGCAGCCUCUGGCCGGCGCAGCCUCCUGCGUUCGCCGGCGUCCUGCGCGAGUACACCUCCAGGUGCCGGGCCAUCGCCGUCGUCGUGCUCGCCGGCCUCGCCAGAGUGCUGGACCUGCACGAGGGCCGCUUCGCCGGCAUGAUGGGCGAGGGCGUCGCCAUGACGCACGCCAGGUUCAACUACUACCCGCGCUGCCCCAGGCCGGACCUCGUCGUCGGCCUGAAACCCCACUCCGACGCAUCGGUGAUCACCGUCGUCCUCAUCGACGACGCCGUCAGCGGGCUCCAGGUGCAGAAGCCGAACGACGGCGCCGGCGUAUGGUACGACGUGCCCAUCGUUCCCAACGCGCUGCUCGUCAACGUCGGCGACGCCAUAGAGAUAAUGAGCAAUGGGUUCUUCGUGAGCCCGGUGCACAGGGCGGUGACGAACGCGGAGCGCGACCGGGUGUCGCUGGCGAUGUUCUACACGCUGGACUCGGAGAAGGUGAUCGAGCCGCUGCCGGAGCUGGUGGACGAGAAGAGGCCGAGGCGGUACGGGAAGACGACGACCAAGGACUACCUAGCGGUGCUGUUCGAGAUGUUCGCCAGAGGGGGACGAGCCAUGGACACGGUGAAGAUCUCAGCAGCUGAACGUGAUUCUGGAGCAAGGAGCGAGGAUGGCUGAUGAUCGAUUCGCUGUGUAGGGAAGUUUCAUCCAUCGAUCUGUUUGUUGCCAAGCUUCUGUGAAGUGAAUCGGUGGCUGCCUGCAUGUGUAGGUUUCUCUGCUUCCCCAUUGUACAGGUUAGCAUCAUUGAAGGACAACAUUUUGAUGCAUUUCUCACACACUGCUCAUGAGCAAUAAUACCACUUGGCACCAGACUUUUGCUCAACUGAAAUUUGGUCCUCAAUUCACUGAACCUCUUCACCCUCUUUUGUGAAAAUGUAUGCCCUUACCCAAUGCUCAUGCUAAUGGACCACAUUUUUCAUCGUUUUUGCAUGAACGGAUGUGAAUGUUACUCACUAUAAAACUGCUGGUUGACAGAACCUUGG